CUGAAACCAAGAGUUGGUCACCUGAGCCACCCAGGUGCCCCUCAGCUCAGGUCUUGAUCUCAGGGUUGUGAGUUCAAGCUGCGCAUCGAGCUCCGCGCUGGGCAUGGAGCCUACUUAAAAAAAGUUUGACUCUGAAAGAGGGAGCUUUGACAGGACAAGUGACAAAUGGUUCAACACGUGUUUGGCUGCAAGCUGCAGGGAGAGCCUUGCUGAUACAGCAGUCCUGCCUUAGCUGCAGGGGAUACAUUUCCAAGACCCCCAGUGGAUGCCUCAAGUGGCAGCUAGUACUGAUCUCUAUAUACUACGUUUUUUUCUAUACAGACAUACUUAGGAUAAAAUUAUAAAUUAGGCACAGUAAGAGAUUAGCAACAACUAAUUAAGGAGCAAGUGGAACAGUGUCCUGUAAUAGAAGUCAAAUGAACGUGGUCUCUCGGGAUCUUAGCGUACCCUCCUUCCCCCUUCUUGUGGUGAUGUGAGAUGAUGAAAUGCCUCUGUGCGGAGGUGAAGUCAGGUGAAUGACGCAGGCGCUGUGACGUAGUGUUAGGCUACUGCUGACCUUCUGCACAUAGGUCAGGAGGAGGAGCAUCUGGCCGCAGGUGGCUGCGGGCGACAGAGACUGCGGAGAGUGAAUCCGGGGGAAAGGGGCCUGCUGUACGCCCAUCCCCGAAUCGCCGCGUAGUACAAGACUCUAGGCAUGCUGCAUCGGGAUCUGCGGUGGCUUACCCGAGUCAGGCUUGAGGGACCUGCAGGUUCCUUUCCUGCCUGCAUUGCUCACCAGUAGCUGUAUCACGUUUGUUUUCAUAGUCCUCACAGGGGGCCCUGUUGAUGUAUUUUGAAGUAGUUCUAGUGAUUUUAAGGUCUGUCAUACCUCAUGGUCAUCUGGAUUUUAGCAUUCUAAAGGUUUCUAACCCACUACCACCUUUUUUUUUGUAUUUUAUUAUGUUUUUCUAUAAAAUGAUGCGAGAGUUAAAGUGUAAUUAUAUAUGACUGCUGUUUUUAGUUUAAAAUUUAAAUCCUGCAUGGUUGAAUGGAAUAAACUAUUUGUGUUUUUUACAGGUGGCUGUAGGCUAUCCCAGCUUGCCUCUGUGUGCCCCACCCUCCCUAUUAAUUUUAAAGGCUGAGAGAAGAAAUAAUUCAAUGUUGAAUGAAAUAAAAAUAAUUUUAAAAAUUUUCUAAGAAUUUCUAAUUCUGUGAUUUAAUAUUUUCCCCCUAGUCUUUAAGAAGUCUUUUUCUUUUGAGGGGAGGAGGGGGGUAAGUAGUUACCGAACCACAUUGAGAAUGUCUUUUUUCUUGAAUCAUGGUAUUUUGAAGUCUUUGGCAUUUGAACCUGCAUUAAGGAUUUAUUUUAGCGAGUGUGAGAGGGGUGGAGGGGCAGAGGGAGAGAAUCCCAAGCAGACUGCCUGCUGAGUGUAGGGCUCAACGCAGGGGCUCCAUCCCACCACCCGUGAGAUCGUGACCUGAGCUGAAAUCAAGAGUUGGAUGCUUAACUGACUGAGCCACCCAGGCGCCCCAGGAAGAGCCUUGUUUUAAAUGUCAUGUGAGUGUGGAGUAGUUGACUUCAACUAAAGGUGUGAUCUUGAUCUCGAUCUUAAUCUUCAGGGUCCUCUCCAGUUCCAGCAGUCACUGACUUCCCUCUUGUUUAUUCAUGUUUGAAAAGGUAAAGCCUCUCUUCUUGGCAGUCAAGUUGCAUCUGAAAAUUGCUGACAAAUUGUAUAAAGCUGAAAAGGAUACAAGUUUUGGGUUUUCUUAAACUUUAUUUGAGGAAUAAUUGACACAUGUAAUGAGGAUACAAGUUUUGAUGUUUUAAAACCCACAGUGGUAGAGCUGGAGAGGACACUGUUGACAUCUCUGCUGAGCCGAGUGGAGGUGCCAUCCCUGGAGCAGUUUCUUGAUCUGUCACUGCAGCCCUGGUUCCUUCUGGCAGCAGCCCUGGCGUGUCUGCUGUUAGGGACCAGAAUCUUCUUGGGAUUGGCGGGGGAUGCCUGAACUAGUCUCAGGUAGGACUUUGAGCUCUUUUCUAGAAUUAUUUUUGGGCAGAGGUUGAUCUAGGAGAUUUUACUUCCUUAAAUUUUUUUUUUUAGAGAUUAUUUAUUAGAGAGAGUGAGCAUGAGUGGGUGGGGGGAGGGGAGGCAGAGGGAGGGGGAGAAGCAGGCUCCCUGCUCAGCAGGGAGCCUGACUUGGGACUGGAUCCCAGGACCCUGAGAUCAUGACUGGAGCCCAAGGCAGAUGCUUAACUGACUGAACCACCCAGGCGCUCCUAGAAGAUUUUACUUCUGAACAUCUUCCCUCCCACUUCUGUUUUUAGUUUUUUGGGUUUUUUGUUUUGUUUUGUUUUGUCUCUUGGUUUUUUAACCAAGUUAUUGAUGGUCAUAUUUUCACUCUUUUUAGGUGGGAGUUUUCUGAACUUUCUUCACCUAAAGAGUAGAAUGUGUCUUAAUAUUUCCCUUUUUUUUCCUCAUGUUUCUUCCCAGGGAAGGAGAAAUACAUUUAUUAUGACGAAAUUUAGCAUAUUUUAGACUCAUAUCGAAAAAUUGACAAGUGCAGGAACUGCUGUACAUAGAAAUGCUAACAUUGGCCUGGAAAAUGAAAGCCAAAAAAUGAGUGGGAAAUAGUUAAAUGUGGAGCCAUUAGCUUUCUUUUUUUUUUUUUCAGUAAAUCUUUCUAUAUUAAUACCUAGUUUAAUAAAACUCAUUUUAAAGACCUGUACUUUUUAUGACAUUUCACUGAACCACUCUACUUUGUUCUACAGUGUGACAAAACUGUGUCUCCAUUGAUGAAACGGGAGUAGACUUUUUUUUUGUAUGUUGGUGUUGUCUUUGUGGUAUAGAUCUGGGGAGAAUGUCUUGUUUGGUGGUAAAUUAACAUUUUGGCAGCAUUCUAGGUCACGAAAGAUGAUUUAACCUGGGUGUCUUUAAACCUGGAAUCCAUGUCCCUGGUUGAAAUCUUCCCAACGGAUUUACCUUUGACCAAGUCACCCUGGUGUGUUGUGCCAUGGACCAAGAUUGAACAGUGCUGCAUCUAGUCCAGGUCUCUGUGACGUUAGGUAGAAGGACCCCCAUCCCCAAUGCUCUUGUAGCCUUCCUCUUUUUAAAGAACUGGAGCUCACGCAGAGGACAGUAUAGAGAGCUGCUGUGCCUUCCAUGUCCCAACUGUGGGGGCCAGUUGGCCUUUUGGUUUUGGCGAAUCCUGCUUUAUGAUAAGGCCCCCUGGCAUUUUCCGCAGUUUCAGGGAGGUGGGCACUGUGCUGCUUGUGUCGUACGGGUCAUGCUGUACUCAUACCUGUCCUGUCUGAGUGUGCUGUAGCUCCUACCAUUGCUGUAAGCUCAACUUCAGCAAUAAAGAGGAUGUCUCAAAUUGGAUGAAAGAUGGCUGUGUAGUAUGGUUUGUGGGAUGGAUUCUGAUGUUCCAUUUUGUGUUCUGCACGUGGAACUGUCUCAUUUUCCUGGUUCUAAACGUGGCCAGCUGACUCUAUGGUCAGGCGGAAGCCCUUGGAGUUCUGCAGUGACUUCAUAGAGGAGCUCCUUGGGACUCAGGGACAGCGCCAAGAUGUCUCAGUUGAGAUGGAAGUCGAAAACCAAUAUACCUCUGUCACACGUAGCCAACAAGGUUACCUGGGGAGAAUACAUUGAUUCAGGGUGAGUGAGGGUUUGGGGUUUAAGUUGUCUCCCAAAGAUUGGACAUGUGGGCCACAAGAUGCAUUUGCCUGCAACCAAAGACUGAACAGGAGGGCAUCUCGUAGCUGUUUCCAGGACAGCUGUAACCGCGUUUGGCCUUAAAUCAUCUGCCCCUAUGAAUUCUUACACACUAAUUCCUCAAACCAAUGAUUCUCUUCCCAUCCCUAGCGUGCUCCCCUAGUAGCUGUUCCAACCUCUCUCCACUGUUUCCAGGUUUGUGGCGUGUCCCACCCUGCCAUGUCCCCCAGAGCAGGUCAGGACCAGUGUCUUCCGAGGACUUAAGAGAGAGCCCUCAGUCUCAAAAGGCAUCCACCCCAGGUGGAGUCCAGAAGAACGAGGAGGUUCUUAGCUCCCCAGCAUCAUCCGUCACCCUUAGCCAACAUGAAUCUCAACUGUUUACCCCGCUACACAUGGCCAAGAUGGAGAAAAUAUUUGAGGAUGACAGUGACUCGACCGGAGCGCUGGACAUGAAGGGUUUCAUUAAGGCCGUGAAGAAGAUUCUGAGCAGCACGUCAGAUGAGGUGUUAGAGGCACUGUUUUUGAAGGUGGACACAGACUGCAAUGGCUCCGUCACCUGGCAGAAGUACGUGGAUUACAUGAUGCGGGAGUUCCAGAGAAAGGAGAGGAUAGGGACGAGCCAGUACCGCCUGCGCUUCCACCUUCCCAUGAAGAUCAUCCCCCUGAACCAUGGAUGUGAGAUUGUGAAGGUGCAGUUUUUAAGCCAGCGGUUCAAGAAGACGGGGCAUCUCCUGACUGUCACCAAGGACGGGAUCUUGCAGAUCUGGUCUGAGGCCUUCUCGCUGCUUAACUCCUUUAGGCUUAACCAGAUCCAGCAGCUCUAUAACCUGCAGAUGUGGGUCAUCGACAUGGUGUGUCUCUAUAACAUGAACCUGAUUGCAGUUGCAUCUACGGACCAGAAGAUAGAGUUCUUUGAUAUUAGCAACCAUAACUGUGCCCGAGCCUUCACCUUCAUUGACCUGGACAGCUGUGUCCUGGCCAUGGACUACUGGUCUGACUAUCACAGAGGUGUGUUCUGCUAUGGGGACACCAAAGGCAACGUCAUCGUCUUCACCUCGGACAAUGUGACCCUCGGCUUGUUCAACCCCCGAAUCCUUCCCAGGACCUCCAAAUGGGAUCACUGGACCAGAGUUUCUGCACGGAAGCUCCUAAAUGAGAAGUCCCCUUUGUACAGGAGUUACCAGCUGAAGGCCCUCCAUCCCAACUGGUGCCAGCAGGUCAAGUUCAUCCCCCAGAUGAACACGGUGGCCUCCUGCUCGGCCAUUGAGAAAUCCUCUCUGGUGCUGACCCUGUUGCCAUCCAAAGCUCCAGAGAACCCCAAGUUUUCAGUGCUGAACUUAAGAAAAGGGAUUCUUUGCUUUGAUUACUGUCCAGAUAAGAACUUAGUGGUGACUGGUGGCUAUGACCCCCUCAUCCGCCUGUGGAACCCCCUCUUCUCAAAAAAGCCUGUGUGGAUGAUGAAGGGGCACCAGACUUCCGUGACGCACAUCCUUGUGAACAGCAAGAACAGCAGCAUCCUCCUCAGCGUCUCCAAGGACAAGAAUAUCCGGGUGUGGGACAUGCAGGACUACAUAUGCCUCCAGUCCUUUUGCGGGAAGCUUUUCGCCCUGGGAAACUGCCCCAUCACCAGCAUCUACUUCCACAAGAAUGAAAACAGUCUCAUUUGUAGCACCUAUUCGAUUGGGAUCCUCAAAGGGUACUUGGAGACCGAGGGGCCUGGGAGAGCCGGGGAGAAGACCACGACCUACAGCUCUCCUCUGUGCGCUGUUCUCUACAGCAGGAUUUUUAAGCAGGUGGUGAGCGGCUGCCAGAGCAGCUUGGUGAGCGUGUGGGAGAUCGAGACGGGCCGGCGGACGGUGGAGUUCUCUGUGAGCGGCGACCAGCAGGUGGAGCUGACCACCAUGUGCCUGGACGAAUCGGAGCGCCGCCUGCUGACGGGCUUGCGCGACGGCACCCUAAAGAUGUGGAGCUACACCACCGGGGAAUGCCUGCUGGUCUUCCCCAACCCGGACCGCCUGGAGAUCAGUGGGAUUGUGCAUAUGAACAAAGCCUUCUACGUGACCGGGUGGAGCAAAAGAAUCACUUGUUUCAUGCUCCACAGGACCAAGCCGGUGCUCACGUGCUACCACUGGCAGAGCUUCCACAAGGAGGACGUUCUGAGCAUGGCCAAGUACCAGAACCAGUUCCUUGGGACCUCUUCCUACAACGGGGACAUCCUCUUCUGGAACGUCAACAUGUUCAAGCCCAUCCUUAAUUUCAACGCCUCUGUGAGCCCCUUGCCUUUGCAGCCCAAGAAGGCCCAAGAAGUGGACAACUUCCUGGCCGAGGGCCUCCGGGCCGGCAAGUUCUGCAUGGAGAACCAGGAGUGGGCGUACAAACCGCCAGUGCAGCCCCCAGGCCCCAGAGGCAGGACGGUGGCCAACGCUAACCUGCAACGGAACCUGAUGUCAGCCCCCCCGGUGAUGAAGCACCCCAGAGACAGGCAGCCAGAGAGACUCGCACCCCCGCAGAAAACUGUCUGCUUUGGAACCCCCAAGCUGUUAAGAAAACCCUAUGGCAAACAGUCAAUCAUCAGAGAUACUCAAAGAGAGGAGUUCCAGAAGAUACUGCUGCAAUCCAAUGCAUCAGUGGAGAAGAUCAUCUUCCUGCAGACCAGGCCCCGCCAGCCACACGUAGCCGCCCUGCUGAGCAGCUGCAUUGAUGGCCACAUCUAUGCCUGGUCCAUCCACGGGGUCGGAGGCCUGUUGGGGAAGUUCCCUGUGGACUUCCUAAGCCAGGGAGAUGUGGUUGUGGGUGCCAUGGCCUCGGAUGAAAAAGACUUGAUCCUUCUUACGGGGGAUUGUAAAGGAUACAUCAAGAUCUGGGACAUCAAGGAUUACUGCAUAUUCACUGACAAGUGGUCACCUCAACCCAGUGGAACAAACAAGUUCCAGUUCUUAAUUCCUGAACGGGUCCAGAUCAACCUCCCACACUACAUCCCCUUGGAGGAGAAAGAGGUUGUGGCUGGCCAGACCAUUUCCCUGGUUCCUCCCAAGCUUCUGAAUACCUGGAAGGGCCAUUUGGAUAGUGUGGCAGACAUCCUGUAUGUGGAUAGCUUCCAGCUGGUUAUCAGUGCUGGCCAGGACUGUGACGUCAAGGCUUGGAAACUCUCCGGUGACACCAUUGGGACGUUUGGCCUGAGUGUUUGGAAAAGGUUGGAGGGUGUUCAGAUGGUCGGAGAUCUUGAAGUGAGAAAAACCUCAGAGGAGGCCGACUCUACAGACACGACCCAGAAGGCCUUCCGUCCAGAGUUGCAGGAGGAGCGGGCUCUGGCUGAGGCCCUGGUGUACCAGCGGCGGGAGCAGGUGGCGCUCAUGGCUCUCCUGAACGGCAAGGCCGACGCGGAGGCUGAGGCCUGGGCCAAGCUGCAGAAGAUCACCCAGACGUCCCCAUGGGCCGGAGAGCGCUCCCCGGAAGACAUCGAGCACAGCUGGCGCAAGUGGGAGUCCAAGGGCAAGCAGAUGAGUGAAGUCGUGGGAGCAGCGUACAAGCCCAAGGACCGGUCCCGGAGUCACCAACUCCUGUCCACCCACGUGCAGUAUGGCUGGAUGAAGCACCAGAUUUCACCCCAGAUCUACCAAAGCCUGCACUUCAGCAGACUGUCGCCCGCCCGCACGCCCGACCUCAUGCUGCACAGCAUUCUAGAGCGGCAGGUCCCACACAUCCGGCUGGCAGCCCACGACAGCCGCAAGCACCUGGAUCCUGAUAGGAGCACCCGCUCGUCUGCCACCUCCCUCUUCCCUAGCGACACCCUCGCCCUGACAGCCUCAGGCUCGGGUUCCGGGAGUCCGCCUUAUCCAGCUCCCCGCAUCUCCAGGCCUCCCCCUCAGUCCUGUCCCAGGCGUCCGGGUACAUUGUGCAGAGGUCGGCGACCCCCGUACCUGUUGCCUCAUUCAUUGAACUGCUGUCAAGACCUCUGAAGGCCACCCUUCGGUCCUCCACGAAGAGGAGCUUCCGCGUCAGGUUCUAAGGUGGCCCAUCCUCUCUCCAGUCCUCCAGCGCAAGGCCCAGGCCCAUGGGCGUCCUGUCUGUCCCUGGCUUAUUACCCCUGCCAGACCCAGAGGAUAGAGGCCUGCUUCUGUUGACCUCCUUCUUCACCAGAGUCCUGGAGAAGAAAAUAAAUAUUUGCAGAUAUCAGAGUCCCAUAGGCCAGGAGGUUGGGUCGUGUGUCUCUUGUCCCUUAGACACCAGGCUGUGUCUGAGAUGGGGCCACGUUCCCCCCAACAAGGUCCCGGCUGAAUGCAGGGGACAGUCCCCUCCCCCAGGACACCUGGUGCAGACGUCUGGCAGGUGAAGCUAUAGGGCCGUGGUGAUGCAGCCGGUGGGUCAUGCCGCUGGGCUGAGCUGUUUGCUUCUGAAACUUGGUUCAGCCUCAUGGCUGGAGUGAGGCCUGGCAGCCAUCUGGAGGUGGUGGCAGCUGUGUGUCUCCUGCCCUGCUCUGUCUGUCCUCCUCUGCCAUCGGGCACUCACCAUAGGGAACUCUGCCUUUACAAACUGUUCUGCCCCUCCUGCAAGGGAGGCCCCGAAGCAUGGUGGAAGGCACCUCGGCCUGGCUCUCUGUCGCUUUGGACCCAGGUUUUUCUGAGCCGAAGCCCCUCAAUCCUUCCACUGUGUGCUGCUCUGGGCAGCGUCUUGGGUGGAGAACUCAGGGUGGAUAGGGUGGUGGUAAAAGCAGUGGCAGGGCCAAGGCCUCUGCCUGGUGGUGGGGGGAAGCCCAAGGCGGGUGGUGUGUGGCGGGGGGAUGGGAUGUGGUGAUUACCAGGCCUGAGGGGAUUUUGUUAAAGGCAUCUGCAGAGCCUUCGCCUGGGGGGAGGUUCAGGGUCCUUUAGAAGCUGAGAUCCUGACAUAGGGGCCAUCUGGCUGGAGAGUAGGGCUCAGGACAGGUCAACCUCAGGGGAAGCUUCCACCCGACUGCCAUUCGGUGAACCCUCCCCUCAGCAGGACCCAGCCCCGUCACAGCAGCAUUUUCCUGCCUCUGCCCACAUGUUUCGGUGUAGGCACGUUGUAGGCACGGGAGAAAAUUACCGUCUUGAGUCUCACCUCCUACGCAGGCAGCAGCUAACCGUGGGCAUUUGUCUCCAGCCGUGGGAGCUUGCUGGCGGCCCCUCCAGCGGGCAGGCACCCCUGAUGCUGAAUCCCAGGCCCAGAAGGCACCCCCUACAGUGUUGUGUGUCCCCUGCUGCUCACACCCAGCCCCUCCUGGCCUGAGCCCUAGAUGCCAUAUGGGACAGAUCGUUCUGGAGCAUCAGGGUCAGAGGGAGCUUAGAACACAGAUGGGGGACUGGAGGUCAGUGUCACACUGGAGUUGGUGAGUGAGGAAGGUGGGUUGGCGGCCCAACGUCCUGUCUCCUGGACACCUGUGCCCCCUGAGCCCCAUAGUGCCCCCCACCUCCCUAGGCCCAGGUGCCUGCCCAGCCACACCAGCCUCUUCGCCUGCUCUCUGCCUUCUGCAUCGAUGGCCUUUAAAAAACUACUUAUAUUUAGCUUUCUUCUGUUUCUAAAAGUACCGCAGGCUGAGUACAGAAAAAUCAAGAAAAUAUCGAAAAGCAUAAAAGCCAAUAAAAACCAUCUGGAUCCCAUCUCCCAGAGAUCAGUUUGGUGCAUUUUCCUCUAGGUGUUUUCCUGUCUUCGCACACACGUGUGCAGACCUCAUAUACACACGCACUCACACCCUCGAUUUCCGCACAUUCAUUCACUCCUCGUACCUCACACCCACACAGCCCAUGACCUUGGGAUCCAAGCUUUGAAUGCAGCCUUCCUCAUGUGAUAAUAAGCAUGUGACUGUCGCUGCUUUUCCUCGCGCCCUCGCCUGUGACGGCUGUGUCCAGCCCCUCCCUGGGUUGCCUUCUUCAGGAUGGAGGGCUGCGGCCAAGCCACUCUUGAACAGGAGGGCACACGCCUCCUGUUUGCCCCCUAACGAUGUACAGCUAACAGUCCAACAAAGGAACAGACAUUUAUCUCCAGUGGAACAGAAGCAUUUUCCUGGGCCCGGCUGGGCUGAGGAGUCAUGACCCCCCUGGCCGACUGAGGCGGGGUGUCCUUCCACCAGGAGAUGGGGCAUGAGGGUACGGAGGGAAAUGUGGGGACAGCCAUCAUUGACCUUGUUUUCUGGCAUCACUUCCUUAUUUCACACCUGUUCAACACUUACUGAGCACCUGCUGUAUGCCCGCCACUGCCCUGGGCACUGGGGACACCAGAAUGAAGAACACCCAGCCUUGGCCUACUGGGGACACAGACCACGCCUCUGUAGUGUGGACGCAUCUUCUCACUGGUUUAUCCAACACAUGAUCUUGCUGAGCACAAGCAUCGGGCACCCAGGGGGAGGCAGGCAGAACUCAUGGGACAGUGUGCAGAUGCAGCGUGGAUCAGGAGAAGCAAUCUGAAGUGGCUUCCUGGAGGAGGGGGCCUUUAGCCCAGAGCCGGCCAGGACCUUUGUGUUGAUGUCUGCUCCGCCUGAGUAGGGCUUCUGUUGGAUCAAAUGGGUUCCCCUUCAUGUGCUCCUCAAAUAUCCCUUCAGUGCCUGAUACCCCUGCACGCUCUACCCCUGCCCUGCUUUAUUCUCACCACAGUAUUUCUCUGUGUGUCUGUUUACCACUGUGCCCCCUCUCCCCAGCCCCGCAGGGCAGGACCAUGUCUAUCUUGUUCACAGUUCCCAUGCCUGGCGCAGUACUUGGCACAUAGCAGGUGUUGGAUAACUAUUUGUCCAGUAAAUAUCUAUAACUAUUAGCUCAAAGUCUCCCUCCCCCAGGAGCUCCUCCAAGAUUGAUCUCACCCCAGUUUUCCCUCUGGGCCUCUGUGUUCUCUAUUUGCCAGCCCUGGAUGGACUGUGGAGGGUCCCUCCCUAGUGGGGGACUGUAGACCCUGUCUGUGAGCCCAAGGGGCUUUUGGGAAGGGGCAGAAGACUGGAAGCCUUGAGGUUCUGCCUGGUUCUGGUAUCUGGGCUUCUUUCAGGAUUCUAUGCUGAGUGGAUCCUGACCGGGGUCGGGAAGGGUGGGCAGGUCUUGGAUUGGCUGGUGGUGGUGUCAGUCAAGGGCAACCACAGGGGCAAAGGGCUGGGAGUGGGGCAGGGAGGAGCGUCUGGGAGCCGGGCUGGGGGUCUCAUUGUUCUGGAGGCCUGACCAGGGCUGGGUGUUCUGUGUGCUGUGCUUGGGGAGUGGGGUGCAGAUCCAGAAUGCCCUGUUGCCCGUACUCCUGACAUGCAUCACAUCUCCCCCUCCCGAGUCCAGCACAGGAGUGGGCAGCCUGGGGCCCAGGGAGGGUAGGUGCCUGGACCAGGGUCACCAGCUUUUGUACUGAGCAGUGGUAUCUGGCCUUUGUGACCUGUUUCCCCACCAGUGCCAGUGGGGGCGGUAGGGAGGGGGUCUUCCAGCAGAGAGAACAGCCUGGGAAGAAGGCCCCAGGUGGGAAUGAAUCUGCAUUUUUGGAGGCCAGUGUGGCUCAGGAGAGCGAACAGAGGAGGGAGGAGCCGUGGGGAGAGCUGCCGGUCACACAAGGCUUUUUUCUCUUGGGAAUCCUGAGGGCAUUUUAAUAAAAGGUGCAACGCAGUCUCACUGGUGUCUUGAAAGCUCCCUCUGGCUGCCUCAAGGGCAUGGACUACAGAGGCAGGAGUGGUUCUGGGAGCUGGGGAUGGGGAGCGGGCAGGCACCGAGGGUGGCCUGGCCCAGAGGGCAGCGAACUCUGAUGGCGGGGCUGGCUGUGGGAGCCUCUGAGGCAGGUGAGAGAGGAGCUCCGGGCUGCUUGCGACGGCUUUUCCUUCAAAACCUUUUUUCCCCUCCCUUUUUACUUCAAGAGCUUUAAAAAACUAUUAGAGUCCCCCAAUUCUCACACAUAAUUUUAAAAUUGUCUUAGGGGCGCCUGGGUGGCGCA